AUGUUGAACGCUGUGUCAGACAGUCUCAGGAACAGGAAAUGGGGCUUCUACUGGGACAAGCUCUCCACCAAAUUUGUGGAAUGGGAGAGCAAGCACAGCCAACCAGGACUGGAGGAGGUCUGUUCCUCCAGCUUUGAGGGAAGAGGGAAACCCAGGGUCAGAAGUCCCCCAGGGAAACAUCUGGAGUGGGAGAACCGAGAUGCCUGUCCCUGCAUCAUCUUGGCCUGCCUUCCUUACCUCCAUCAGGAUAACUGGCUCUUCGGGCGGGCGCGGGAGCCUGAUCGGCGGGCAGAGGACGCGCUGGGCGACACCGCCGGCCCGGGUCCCCAGCUAACUGCGCCGGGAGCUGCGGCCACCCCGGUGCGCGCUCACGUUCGUGCAGCAGCUCCGCAGACCCCGGCCCGGACGAGCAUCCAGCACGCGCGCCGCCGGCUGCUCCUCCUACUCCAGCUCCGAGACUCGCCCGCCUCUCCAAGAACCGGCUUCCAAACUGGCGCGCUGGGUUGGGUUGGUCACGUCUGUGCCCAGAAAAGGAAUGAGUGCCACCCCGUGCUACAACCCUUGAUAAGAGUGAAGAGUGAAGCCAAGUCAACGAAACCACCCGCAAAAGGCCACAUGUGGGGUGACUGCACUGUUGUGAAACAGGGUCUCGUGGAGGGCAGGUUGCCCUUGAACUUGUUUUUGUAGCAGAAGAUGGCUUUGAACCCAUGAUCAUCCUGCUUUUCACAUUCUAAAUACUGGGAUUACACGUGCCCCAGCUGUAAAUACUUGCUGCCUGUUGUUGUGUGGUGUGUGUACAUUUGCACACAGGUGGAGCUCGGAGGACAACUUCUUGAGGUCUGUUUCUUUCUUCCUUUACAUGGGUUCUGGAGAUCAAACUCAAGGCCUCAGGCUUGUACAGCAGAGACCUUGCCCAUCUCAGCUGCCCCAUCUGUAAGUGUUGAUGGUGACUCCGGUUCAAUAAGACCCAAGCCCACCUCCCUCCCCUUCCUGGACCCCUUUUUCAUUUACAAAUUUGAUAAUUUAUCCAAGGCCUGGUUUCCUCCCGCCCCCUCCAGUGUUCUUUCCCUAUCCCGGGCCUUCAGAGGAAAGUGGUGGUGGGUCUAUCUCCGGCAUCCCAGCAGGAAGGGCUGGAUCAGACCCCUUCCCUCUGGGGCCCAGGGAGGUCAAGAAUGAACGCAGGAGAGAAUGAACGCAGGUCAGGAAUGAACGCGGAGGCUCCUGGCAGAACAGAACACUCAGAAUUGCCUCUUCAGGUAAGGAUCCUGGCCGGGAUGAAGAGCGAGGGGCUAGGGCAGAGGUAGAGAACAGCCAGCUUCCAGCCUUUGAAGAGAGAUGUCAGUCAGGGCAGCAAGGGAAGGUCAGGCUACCUGUCCCCACCUUCUGUAAAGGCUAGAGCCUGCAGACUGCUCAGACCACUGUCCCGCCCCCCGGGGAGCUGGCCUUCCCUGGCCUGACAGUCGCGGCCAGGCUUUGGCACCCUUGCAUACUGUUACUCUGCUCACCUUGAUGGGGAAUGGCAAAGCAGGCAGGACCAGCUGACCCUUUAGAGAAGUGCGCUCAGUUGCGAUCCAUUCCCCCUCUUCCCCUGGCACCCUCACGCCUUCCUCUGUGUGUUUUCAAGGCUAAAGCACAGGGUGUGUCAUUGGACUCUUGGAUGUUCUUGGUUCAGCCUUCUGCGGUGCAGGGGGAGCGCGUCAUCUCCCUCCCUCAGAG